AUGGCCUUUUACAAGAAGUACUUUUCUGAGUCUGCAAGGGAGGCGAAGGAGAUGGAACUUAUGCAGCUGAAGCAAGGUUCCUUGUCUGUGGUAGACUACACAAGCAAGUUUGAGGAGCUUUGUAGGUUUUCUAGGGUGUGUCAAGGUGCCCCGGAGACCUAUGAAAGCUGGAAGUGUAUCAAAUACCAAAGGGGCUUGAAGGACAAUAUAAUGACUGCUGUGGCUCCUAUGGAGAUUCGUACUUUCUCUGAUUUGGUGAAUAAAGCAAGGGUGGUUGAGGAGUAUGCCAAGACAGUGGCGGCAUCCAAGGAAACUCAUGGAGGGAAUACUAGUAAGGAACGUGGCAAGUAUUUCCAUACGAAGGGUCAAAGUUUUAAGAGAGGAAGAUAUGCGCCUCAAGGUCAAGGAGGCUUCAGAAAGAACAUUCAAGAUCAGUUUCAGUGUGGCAAAGGGAGAGGAAAUCAGAGUAAGGUUUCUCCGGAUUUGAAUUGUGUGCAUUGUGGACAUUUUCACCUAUAUGACUCAUGCAAGAUUGGUUUAGGUGGGUGCUUCAAAUGUGGCUUGCCUGGUCAUAUUGCGAGGGAUUGCACACGUGGGAAGAACCUAAAUGCGGGUCAGAGUCAGCAUCAAGGUCGAGUCUUUGCAGUGAACGCCAAGGAUGCUUCCAAGGCGGAUCCAUUGAUGAGAGUUAUAUGUUUAAUUGGUGAUAAAACCUUAGAUGCAUUGUAUGAUAUUGGAGCUUUACAUUUGUUUAUUUCAUUUGCUAAAGUUGAGGAAUUAGGCUUGAAAGUGUAA